ACGGGCACAGGCGUUAUAGGGCGGGCGGCCCCGGUGGCGGGGUGCGGAGACAUGAAGAGGCUCAGGCUGUUGGGGCUCCUCGGCGUGGUGCUGCUGGGCUGCUGGGAGCCUGGUGAUGCCGUAAGAUGCUUUGAUAAGCAGUAUGAACACAAGGGCAGGUGCUGCAACCGGUGUCAGCCAGGGGAGAAGCUGGUCUCCGAAUGCAGUGUCACAGAAGACUCUGUCUGUGCCCGCUGUGAGAGCAGACACUAUCAGCAGGGCUGGACAAAGGAGAGGCACUGUACCCCCCACGAUAUCUGUGAAGACAAUGCUGGCCUCAUCGUGAAGACGCCAGGAAACGCAACACACAACACGGUGUGCCAGUGCCGGGCCGGCAUGCACUGCUCUGACACCAGCUGCCAGACCUGCGUGGAGAACCAGCCCUGCCAGCGCGGCUUCGGCUUCGUGGCAGCCAAGGCCAUGGCCCGGAUGUCAUCCCCCUGCGAGCCCUGUGCAGAAGGCACUUUCUCCAAUGUCUCUUCUAAAACCGAGCCGUGCUAUCCUUGGACAAGCUGUGAGGAAAAGGGGCUGGUGGUGAAGGUGAAAGGGACGAACACCUCGGAUGUGAUCUGUGAGUCGGGCAGGCGCUCCUCGCUGUCAGUGCUGAUCCCCAUCACGGCUGCGAUUGUCACAUGCCUUGUGGGCAUCUGCAUCUACUGCCUGGUCCACACAGAUCCCAGGCGACGGGUGCAGAAGCAGAUAGAGGCUGGGAAGCCUGUAGAGAACCAGCAGCCCACGGAGGAUGGGGAGGACAUGCCCCAUAUGCAGGAGACCCUGCUCAAGGGCCAGCCUGUGGCCCAGGAGGAUGGCAAGGAGAGCCGCAUCUCGGAGCAGGAGAGGCUGUGAGGGCACUGCCUCCAACAGGAGCACAGACUGGGGCCAGCACCAUCUCCUCCGUCCCCUCUCCAACUGGGGAGAAAAUCUAGCAUCUGGCCUGGCUGCAAACGAACAUGAUGGACCGUGCAGUGGACCACGGCACGACCACCCCCCUGGGGAUACCAUAGGUCUGGCUGCCUGCCCAGGGCUGCCACGGUGGAGCAAAACUCAGCUGCCUGCACCGGGAUGCAAGAGCAGAGGCUGGUCCCACCGCCCACCUGGGGGGCCCCCACAGAGUGCAGCGUGGCUGCUGCGGUGCUGACCUCCUGGCAGAGCCUGGUGCAGCCACCGGGCUGGGGUUGCCGUGGCAGAGCAAGGCACAGCUGUGCACUUGGAGACCCCAUAGCAGAGCCUGGGGGGAUGCCAGGGUGGAGAGUGCAGGCUGUUGAUGAGUGACCACCAUGGCAGAGACCAGUUCAGCCACCCGCCCAGGGGGGCUGCGGUAGCACCCAGCUGGGCCACCGCACAAGGGCCCCGUGCUGGACCUGUGUCCCCCUGGUGAUGGAUGCCGGGUGGCUGCUGGCCCUGUGGCAGCCUGGGCCAGGGUAGCAGCCCCCCUUGUUGCCCCGGCCACCGGGCUCCGUGGGGACACAUAGAGGCAGGACUCGCUGUCCCGGCAGCCGCCUGCAGCGCUCUUCUCCGGGACGGGGUUGGGGGGACAGGGACCACCGGGGACGAGACCCUCGGCCACCGACGCGCGGCGGCCGGGAGAUGGUGCUGCGGGACCGGCGCGGGGCUGCGCGGGGCGGGACCGUCCGCCUCCGGUAGCGGCGGAGCGCGGCCCCGCCCCACCGUGGGGGGGUGGGCUCCGGGCUCUGCGCGGCCGCGCACCCUCCGCCGGUGGGGGGUGGUGGUGGGGUUUUCCGCCGGGCUCGGGGGACUUCCUCCCCCCCCCGUACACCCACUCCCGCACCGAGGGCACGCGUGGGCACAGCCCGGCCCCGCUGCCCGUAGCCAUCGGCGGGGGGAGCUGCCGGGAACCCGGGCUCGGUAUUCGCCACCGCACCGCUGGCAAAAAGCUGUAAUUAAAACUUUAUUUCUUCUCC